AUGCCCAAAGUCGUCAUUACGGGCGCCUCCGGCAAGUUGGGCGGCGCCGUCCUUCGCAACCUGCUCGCGUACAAGCUGCUACCACCACAGGACAUCGUCGUCACGACCUCUGGAUCUCCGAACGACCCACGGUGGCUGAUCCCCCAAGAGCAGGGCGUCACCGUGCGCCAUGCAUCUUACGACGACAAGGCCACCAUGGAGGCCGCCUUCCGCGGUGGCGAGCGCCUUCUCCUCGUCUCCACUCCACGCAUCAGCAUGGACUUCAAUGACGCGCCCUACGGCCAUGGCCGCGAAGCCCACCACUUCGCUGCUAUCGAGGCAGCGCGCGCCGCUGGUGUGAGGCAUAUCUACUACACUUCCCUUGGCUUCGGCUCCUCCAGCAGCAAAGCCGGCGUCAUGCGCGCCCACAACCGCACCGAGGACUACCUGCGCAUGCUCUCCGACACCAGCCACACCAUCCUGCGCGAGGGCCUGUACAACGAGUCGUGGCCGCUGUACCUCGGUCACGGCCAUCUGUCUGGCGACGACGACCGAGACGAGAUCAUCGUCGCUGGCGACGGCAGGAUCAGCUGGGCCGCCAUAGACGAUCUGGGCCUGGCUACGGCCAGCAUAUUGAUUGACGAGUCACAGCGUUAUUGUGGCAUUACCGCCACUUUGGCUACCACCUUGCCCAUCACUUUGCGAGAGGUCGCUGCCAUGGUGUCGGCAGCCAAAGCCCGUAAGAUUGAGCUAAAGGUCGUUGGUCGUGACGAGCACGAGAAAUACUACAUUGAGCAACGCGGCCUAGAAGCACCCUACGUCAAGUGGUGGUCCCUAACGUAUGACGCCGUACGUGAAGGCGAGUGUGACAAUCAGGAUACUCUGCUAGAACAGAUCCUGGCGAAGCACAACCGCAAGCCUAAACCGCUGCAAGCGACGAUAAGGGAGAUGUUGGAACGACAGGCAUAG